GAAGAAACCGCAAAAUCAGUUUUUCUUGUGUGUGUUUGUGUGUGUUUAGGAAGCUAAUAAACGGCAACACAAUCAAUAAAGAAGGUAUAGAAUCAAUGGCUAGAGGAGCAGGAGUGAAUAGAAAUGGAAGUGGUGCGAGUGGUUUCACUGGGUAUCGCUGGAAUAUCUCCAACUCGAACUCCGGAAUGAACCAUGGAAAUGGACUGCCUCUCCAAGUUCAACCACCAGCUGCACCUAACAGCAACCAGCUGAACCUCAUCAACAACUAUGCAGCAGCUAAUUAUGGUAAUGGUGGUGGUAGUAAUGCUGCUGUUGGCGGUGGAGGGGCAGCCGAUGGCGGGGAAUGCACGGUGAGGGAGCAAGACAGGUUCUUGCCGAUAGCGAACGUGGUAAGGAUCAUGAGGAAGAUACUGCCGGGACACGCGAAGAUAUCGGAUGAUGCCAAGGACACCGUUCAGGAAUGCGUGUCAGAGUUCAUCAACUUCGUGACAGGCGAAGCCAAUGACCGGUGCCAGCGGGAGCAUAGGAAGACCAUCACCGCGGAGGAUGUGCUGUGGGCGAUGAGUAAGCUGGGCUUCGAUGACUACAUUGAGCCCCUGAACCUCUACCUCCAAUGCCACAGGGAGUUUGAUGCUGCUGCUGCCCUUGGUGAUCAUCAGUAUCACUAUAGGGCCGGGGCCGGCUCAUCAUCUGAUGCCCUACUAGGGAAACGAUCUGCUGCCGUCGCUGCUGCUGGUGGCGUUGAGCAUCAUCCGCCCGCCUCAGGCAUUGGCCUUGCCCCCCCUGCAGGAGGACCACCCCCACCCGUGAUGCAUUUUCUUCCGCACCACAACCCUGCUGCCCCUGCUGGAUUCUUCACUCCUCCUCCUCCUCCUCCUCCUCCUCCGGCCGGGUUUCUCAGCAGCGGCAGCAUCGAGAUGAAUAAUCAUCCUUCUUCUUCCAUCGGUAAUGUUGGAGCAGGGCCUUCUUCCAGCAGCUCCCAGAGUGCUGUGGUAGCAGAGGAUAAUGGGGAGGAGGAUCAUCAAGACGUCGAGCACGGCAACAAGGACUAA